GCGGGGCGGAGCCUGCGGUGAGCUGGGCUGCGGGUCUCCGGCGGACCGGGAUGAGUUUGGCGCUCUGCGGGAAACGCGCGAGACGCACAUUCAGCACAAGGGUGGGACCUGGGAGCGGCCGUGGCUGGACACGUUCCCCUUACGCAGUGGCCACAGACUCAGGGCCGAGCUCACACCUUCCUGGGAGGGGUCCCCCAUCAGGACAACUCCAGGAGCAAAUGCUGGGAGAAGCAAGAAGAGACUUGAGCCUGGGGCCCCGCCCUAUUCUGGCCAGCACGCUGGGCUGAAGAGGGGGAGAAAGCCGCUGCACCAAGGGAGCCCUGGGACUGCAGUACUUCUAGGAGACCUAGGUAGAGCAGGGCGCUGCCUUGGCCCGAGUUGGACCAGGUGCUGGCUUGACUGCUGACACCCAGGCUGCCCUCUCAGCUCUACCAUGGCACCCCUGCACGCGGUGUUCCUGGUGGCCCUUGUGGGCCUGCCUCUGGCCCAAGCUCUGGACUGCCACGUGUGUGCCUACAAUGGAGACAACUGCUUCAACCCCAUGCGCUGUCCAGCCAUGGCCAUCUAUUGCAUGACCACACGUACUUACUUCACCCCAUACCGGAUGAAAGUGAGCAAGUCAUGUGUGCCCAGCUGCUUUGAGACAGUGUACGAUGGCUACUCCAAGCAUGCAUCCACCACUGUGUGCUGCCAGUAUGACCUCUGUAAUGGGGCUGGCUUUGCCAUGCCAGCAACCUGGGCCCUGGCCCCCAUACUCCUGGCCACCUUCUGGAGUCUGCUAUAAAGUCCUGGUCCCCAUGCAGACACACUCAAGAACAAAUCUCUUCAGAGACACAGUUGUACCCUCUCACACUACACACCCCCAGACUUCCCCAAUACUCCUCAACCACACCCAGGGCCCAAGGCUACCUACAAAAGGACUGCUGAUCCCUAGCCACCCACAGGGCCCCAGUGGAAGGCCAUGAUCUUUCAUUUUUAGAAGGCUGAUGUGUGUGGCCUGGAGCUCCCAAAGGUGCCUGGCUGUUGGCAGGCUGGGCCUGUCCUCUGUCCAGGAAUGAAGACAUCUGGAAGUCAACCAAGGAACACUGACUUGAUGAAACCAGUGGUCAAACUCCACCUUCUGGGUAGCAAGACCCUGCCUCAGUCUUCCCAGUAGAGGGUAGGUAUGCUGGAGGGGUGAGGGAAGAUCACGAAUGGGCUGAGGGUUAUCAGGACCCAACAAAGCAGUCCCCACUGAGUCCAGCAGCUGCCUAAGGGCAGGUGUGGGGUGAGAACUAUGUGAGGAAGACCUUUCUCUCUGUCAGCUGCUCUAGGAACCCUGCCAGACCUGGUGUCAGAGCAGCUUGAGCUGUCUUGCUCCCCCAGGCCCUUUGACCUCCAUACCCCUACACUACACUGUCUGCUAGGCCCUGAGGCUGGCAGGGAUAUGGGACAGGUGUCCCAUGCUGUAUUCAGUCUGGCCUGGACACUGACCAGUGUUAUUCUGGGCAUGGAGGGAACAGGGAGAGGUAGGGCAGAGCAAGGUUGAGUGGGCCAGUGGGGGAGGGUGGGGGAGGUCAGGGCAGUGUCCAGAGUCGGGUCAGCUGCCUAGGUCCUGCAGGCAGCUCCUGCAGCCCUCUCCCCUCUCAGUGAAUCCCAGCAGAACGAAUACAAGGGCAGCCAGCCCGAGUCCUUCUGUGACUGCCUAAGGGUCUCACGGGCUCCUUCAAGCCUUGAUUGAAUCUGUACAGAAGGCUUGAGGUCCACUCUGGCUGAAGCAGCCUGCUGGGUGUCAGGAUCUCCAAACCCUAGUCCAGGUUUGGGAGUCUUCUCAACAGCCUCCACGCCUGUGCGGGUGGUCCAGGAACUAUUGCCCAGUGCCAGUAAGCCAGACGGCCUUGUCCUCCUCACCGACAGCAUCCCAGCUCAGGGGCCCACUGAGAAGACUCCUCAGGCUCACCUCGCUUAGGACAGCAGAACGAUGGCCAGUGUUCAUCUGCCAAGCUUACCAUGGCUGUCUGGGGAACCCUGCAGGUCACUGCAUCCCAAUAGCUUUGCUUGGAUCACCAAUCCCUGAGAGUUCAGGACACAGGCAUCCAUCCUGGGGACUCCCCUUCCUGGUCUGAUGCAAGCCUGAUUCUGCCCCUGGCGUUGGAGGUGGUCUUCUGCCAUUUCCCCCUCUGGAGAAUAAGCUGCUAGGGGAGGGUGGGGAGGUGGAAUCCUGUGAGGGCUCACCCAGAUCCCAGCCACCUUUGCUUCUUCCCCUGAUCUGGGCAUGAGCUCUCCUGGAGGAAGCCCAGUGCUGUCCCUGAGCUCCCACAGGACACCUGCCAGCAAGCGACCAACCUCAGGACAGUGACCCAUGCAGGCCUCAGGGUACAGACAGGGAGGGGUCAGAGUUGAGUUUGACUCAGUGGAAUAGGCCUGGGAAGCUGUCAUUACCCCUCUUGGGCAAGUCCAUUGUCUCCAGUUAGG